AUGUCACGCCGUGCAGCCGCCUCAUCAAUGACAAAAGAAGAGCGAAUGGAUAUGAUGUCACCCGAAGGCUCAUCUGGUUCACCUUCAGCUCCAUCUACACCAGCAAAUUCCACAGGUUUUCCACCGGAUCGCAAAAAAGCAACACAUUUGCGAUGUGAACGGCAAAGAAGAGAAGCGAUUAAUGUAAGUUCUUUUUGAACAAAAAAUAUUUAUAAUCAUGUUAUAUUUUUCAGAGUGGCUAUAGUGAAUUGAAAGAUCUGAUCCCUCAAACCACAACAUCUCUCGGAUGCAAAACAACAAAUGCAGCGAUUUUAUUCAGAGCGUGUGAUUUUAUGAAUCAACUAAAACAGGAGAUCGAUGCAGAUGAUGCUGAAUUGAAAAAAUUGAGUUCACAAGCACAAGCAUUGGAAUUAAUAGUUACUGAGUAUGAGCAAAUGGCUUCAGCUGUUCCAGUCGCUGGUUCGUCAACUCUUCAAGCUAAAAUGGUAAGUAUUUUUGAAACUUGAAAGCAGUUGGACAAAUUGUAGUAAAAAUGUUGAAUAUCCGAACAAAAUAUUUCUUCUAGCUUCAAGUAUUAAUGGAUGAUUGUUUCAAAACAUUUACUGAACAAGUUGAUUUCACAACAUACGCUUCAAUAACUCGAACAUUUCUUGGAUGGGUUGAAAGUCUUUCAAUUCAUAAUGAGCCAUUCAAAACGACAUCUACAACAAUGAUAACAACUCCUUUCACUUCGCCUUAA